GGCACAUGCAUUAAACAAUAUGUCGGCCGCAAAACAUCGGUAACAGAACUGACAACUAGCAUCGAGCUGUUCUUUCAGAAGUUUUGGAAAACGGAAGUCAUGAUUCAUAUAAAUGAUAACAAAGUGAAAGAGACAAACCAGCGUCCUGCAGCAUCGCACUGAGUUCGGCUUUAUGGUGGACAAUACUUAGCCGCUUGCUUCGAUUGAAUAUUCAUUAGUACUGACAAAACAUAAUGCCUGGGUCUUCGUCACGAUAACCGAAAACGGGGUGUUCUCUUGAAUUAUUCCGAUUUCAGACAGGACUAUCAGGAGAAAAUGUCUGUGACAGAUAAGCCUGGAAACCUGGUGUUGAGAUUUUAAUCACGAAUGCGAGGUACGGUCUACUUAAGCUACGUAAGAAGGCGGUCGAAUGAUGUAAUUGUGUGUUGUAAAUUCGCUUCCAACAGUUCUCUUCAUCUGUUCAAAUAAAAUCAUAUUCAUUGGUAGCAAAAGCUAAAGCUACAUAAAGAAAAACAUUAGCAAAAAUCGCGGGAGAAAAUUUACUAUCCACUUCAAGCGUGUGGAAGCUUCUUAGCGGUCGAGAAGAGAGAAAUUUUUAAGACCACUUUAAGACAAUAUGGCGGUAUUUUUCGCUGAAAAAUGAUUUUCCCGAUUUAUUGAAGUUUGAUGCAGUAGUACAUAAUUCAAGUUUCACGCUUUGCCGUCAAUGUUGUAUCAUCAAAAUCGUCGUGUUGUAGGAACUUAACGUAAACAUUACGAUUGACCCGUGACAUAACGCCUUACGUGACGUUUCGAGGCGUGACACAACAGUCGUAGGACCAUUGAUAGACAGUCUUCACAGAUCAACAUGAAAGGGCUUUUAAGUAAGCUUGGGUUGUGUAAAAUUUCACUAAUGGAAAAGGGCAGUCUUAAGGAAAGGGUUUUUUGGAGAAGUUAAUGUUUUCUAUUCUUACGAAAUUGUGAUGUAGGUAUCAAAUAGGGAAAGCCAGCUGCUCGGUGGCGAACAGAGAAGAAGUCAUAAAUCGUAUUUGACCUGGAGAUCAGUGGAAGAGUAGUUUGGGGCACGUUUUGGAUUUGAAAUGGCACUCUGAAAAUUUCCAUCUCAAUUUUAUAACACAAUACCUUUUAAAGGAUUCCAAUAUUGCGACAUCAACAUUCUCCUCUGUCUUUUUAAGGAAUACUUUUAUUUCAGCAUUUCAACAGUGUACAGUAAUUGUGCAAUCAGGAACAAAACUAAACCAUUUUGGUACCAGAUAGUUGUAAACUGGGCGCAACGAACUUUAUUUGAGCAUACUCAAGAGAAUUUCAACUUGAAAUACUGUAAGAGAGAUAGAGAUACCCCUUACAAUGUUAUAUGUACUGAUCACUAAGUAAUGUUUAGAUUACGUUAAAUUAAUACCUCCUUUCACAUCUAUAGGCGGAAUGACUGAAAAAUCGUCUGGCUCGAAUUAUGAAACCAACUUCAGUGUUAACUGGGAACCAGAACAAACAAACGAGAGAAGAAAGAGGGUGAGGAAGUUAAUUGAAUCAUUCUUUACCUGGGGGCAGAUUUCAACGAUCAAAUGCAAAACUAAAACCAAACCCCACUGGGUCACUCACGUGUUCUCAAGCAGGUUGCUUGUUUUUACUUUGAGAAUUGGUUGACAGCGAUGUAAACUUUUGUUCUGUUCUUUGGUUUGAACCUGGGGGCAGUAUGUGAGUGGACUCUGAUGAUGACCUCCGCUCAGGCUGUCGAAACGUCGGUCACCACUACCGACAGCAGUCCUUCUCAGGACUACGCUCACUCGGACGAUCAGAUUACACAAUCACUUUGCUCGGAUUGGUAUUUGUGAUCCCUUUGGUUUUGGUUUUUCGACGCUUCAAUGAAAACUGAUUUACCAUUAAAUCUUGCAAGACACCACAUAAAUUUAUCUAAAUUUGGCUGGCGUUUUAAAUAUACGUUUUGUAUAAAUUGUACUAAGAGUAGCAAAAAGGGGGAUUUAUGGCUCUUAUGUCACCACAGAAUUUCCUGCAGAAAUAUUUGAUCUUGUUUAACUGCUUUCCUUCUCUCGUUUCAGAUUUCUUGUCCCGAAGAUAAAGCAACAUGCUUUUCAAGAAUCACGUUCUGGUGGUUGAACUGGUAACCUACAUUACUAACUUACCUUUACAUACUGAGACAUUUGUGGUGUCACGAUUCAAGUAAUAUACCCGUCGAGGAAAUCUAGCACGGAAGUGUAGUAAAAACCCUAACAUAGACAUUUUUCUGCAAUAAACUGACAUCAGGCGAAAUGAUCGAAAGGAAACCGAAUUUUCUGGCACUGUCCUUGUUGGAAGCAAUCGUUGCAGCAAUCUGCAUCGUUUGCGGCAGAAUGCUGAAUUUGCCUGAAACUUGCAUCCCGGCUGCCCCGAAGUACACUUGCUGUUGUUUUUUAGAAGAUACUCAAUUCUCAUGUAGGUUUUUUAUUAUUUUUUUUUUUCACCUUGGCUGCCUAGUGUUUUACGGGUUUAGGCAAAUAACCAACGUAUCCAACCACAGAUUUAGAAUCACGGGAACAUCAUGGGAACAUCAUGGGAAGCAGUGGAAGGGUGCCACCUCGGCUCUACUUAACAAACUGACAUGAGGAAAAAAUUAUUGUACUAAGGUUGUAAGCAUCAGCAAGGCGAGGGAGACCAAGACAUAUUCUAGUUGCUUGGAAGCCAUCUUCUACUCUCUUUUCUUAGGAUAAUUUUUACCGGAUACAAGAGACCACUGGAGGACAAGGAUCUCUGGGCACUGAAUAGGAAGAGCAGAGCUUCAUACAUUGUUCCUAAAGUGAGAUCUAUUUGGAAUCUCGAACAAAAAAAAUGCAACAGGUAGGUCCGUCAGCAAGUUUGUUUAGUGCAUUAGAUACAAAAACCUUAACAUAGAUCUCAUUUAUUUACAAUUCUUUACAGGAAGAAAGGAGUUCUGGUUGAAGAUGCUUGUGGCUUUGAGCCAAGUGAAACUGAUUCGUUACUUGGUACAAAUAAAAAGGAGAAAAAAUCACCGAGCAACAAAAGAAAACCUUCACUUUUGAAGGUUUUAGUCAAGAUGUACGGAUGGAAAUUUCUACUAGCCGCUAUCUUUAAACUGUUCCACGACUGCUUUUUGUUUGUACAGCCGCAGUUAUUAAGGUAAGCGUUCAUAAGUUGCGAAAAACUUAGAUAAAAUUUUGCAUGGGCCAAUUCGAAAGCCCGCUAAUGAUUGAUGUUUGUUUCACCAGUUGAAUACUUUGAAAUUCCGUUACGAUGCUAUUCGUUGCUUUCACCCGUUACACCCUAGAACAUAAAUAUAUAUAAUAAGCACACAAAAUAAUAAUACCUUUACGUUCUGUAUACAUUUCCUAUGGCACUGAAAAGGAAAAUUACGAUCAUUUCCUGAAUUCACAAAAGCCUGAUGUUCGAUUCAGCUGUGAUACCCUAAUGAGAAAUUAAAUUCCACUCGCCCUUUGGGGCUAGAGGGUUAAGGUUAUAAUCACUUUACCAGAGCAAAGAUAAUGUCCUUGGCCGGGUUGUUCAAAGCUUGGUUACGAUAACCCAGGGUUAAGGUGAAAUCUUAAUUCAGAUCUGAAAGCUUAAAUAAAAUUCUUGAUAAUUAUUUUUGUCUGCAAUUUGAUGAUUAAGUACUCUAAAAAGAAUAGCGAAAAUUAUCCCAAAAGAGGCUUUUGAACAAAGGUAUAAAGAACCAGGACUAAAAUUUAACCUUGGGUUAGCGCUAAUCGGCCUUCAAAGUACAAAUAAAAAUGGUUAACUUAAUGCUACCAUGUUUUUGAAGUUUGGCGCGCUGUUUUGUCGAUCAUAUGAUGUGGCCAUUAAUCUUUAGAUCGAAAUCUACCCUUCGUAAUUUGUUCGAAAUAGAGACUUCCCACGCAUGAUUAUGCCUGACAAUCUAUAGUGCAAGAGGAGUACCAUCUCUUCGCGUUGGAAGAAACAAUUCUGUGUUCGUUUCUUUCUUUAGAAUGCUUAUUGAAUACAUAGAAGACAAGUCCUCCUCUGAGAAAAUGUGGAUGGGCUAUGUUUACGCCGGGUCCAUGUUUGUGUCAGCAACAUUGCAGUCCCUCGUCCUUCAACAGUAUUUCCAUAUAAUGGUCACACUUGGUAUGAAAAUUCGUUCAGCUGUUACUGGUCUUAUAUAUGAAAAGGUGAGCUGCUAAGUCGAAAAUCAGUUUUUUUUGUACAUUUGGCUGCUAUUUUGUUUGUAUAUGCAGAGUUAGAAUGGAAAAAGAAAGACGUAAGAAAUGCAUGCUUGAAUUUCUUGAUAAACAACAACCUAAAUGUAUGAGCUUAUCUCGAGUCUCAGCGUUAUUUUUCCAAAUAUUUCUCUGUUUAAGAGCAAUUAUUCACUGAUAAUAGUCCCAUGUAUAAAUAUUAUUGUAAUAAAGUUUAGAUAUAGCACAAGUGAAAUUUCAGACUACGUCUCGUGUUUCCUCCUACAAUUCUUUCGUGCUCAAGCCGCUUCCUGCGUGUUUUACUACAGAACAAAGCACAGUCAAGGCUUCUCUAUUUGUUAAAUAACAAGGCUUACCAGUUUUCAAUGAACUUUGCAGUUGUUUGUGAAACCUCACAACAUCUUUCUAUUGCUCGUCUUAUUAACACUAAACUUGCCACUAACAUCAUUUGAUCAGGCUCUGGUAUUGUGCAAUGAAUCACGGUCGAAAUCAACCGCUGGAGAAAUUGUGAACCUGAUGUCAGUGGACGCGCAAAGGCUGAUGGAUGUGAUGACAUAUCUAAACAUGAUAUGGUCUGGGCCCUUCCAAGUCGGAGUGUCAUUGUAUUUUCUUCAUCAAACCAUGGGCUGGCCGAUUUAUGCUGGCUUAGGUGUGAUGGUGAUUUUCACUCCAAUUAAUUUCUUGAUCGGCAAAAUGGUGAACAAGUUGCAGGUAUUCAACGUCUUGGUUUGUGCGCGUGGAGUAGUUAGUCUAGUUUUAGUUUUAGUUUUGCGAUAUCCGUGUAGUUUUAGUGCAGAAACAAAUAACGGAGAUUCCUGAAAACAAGGAAAUAGUCAUUUUGGUUGCCCGGAGUUGUUGGAUAGUUUCUCCUUUAGGUCAUCCUGUUAACAAGACAGUGUUCAAGUAUUGUCACUAUUCAACGAAAUUCCAAUGAAUAAACACUUCUCUUUUAUGAUCAGGUGAAGCAAAUGUUGGAGAAGGAUGGACGGAUAAAGAUAAUUAAUGAAGUUCUCAAUGGAAUUAAGGUAAAUGUAUAUUGAACAGGACAUGUACAGAGUAGAAAAGGAAGCUGAACUUGUGAUUUGAUCAAUCAGGAGAAGGCAGGUAAAAAGGAAAUGAUGAUAAUAUUCAUGUUGAGCUUGAGCAGUUUGGUUGUUAACCUUGUGCUGUUUACUUUCAUUUCCUAACUUAGAGCCAAGUUAUAAGCCAUUUGGACUCUUAUUUGAUUUAAAUUUUUCUUUUCCAGGUUCUAAAGCUCUAUGCGUGGGAAGAAUCUUUCUUGUCAAUAAUUAACAACAAGCGACGCAAGGAACUCUCAUUUCUUCUGAAGUCUCAAAUCUGGAAAGUUUUCUUGAAUUUUGUUUACAACAGUUUGCCUAUCAUGGUAAGUUCACAGUGACAACUAAGUUCGUGACAUCAAUGGUGAAUUUUACAUUAACAAUGCGAACAAGAAACACAAAAUAAGAGCAAUUAAAGCACUUACUGCCCCAUACAUUAACCUGUAGCAAAAUGCCUAACAUUCCUAUAGUGAAAAUCAUCCUCACAAGACAGUAAAGUAAAUUUUUUGCGUUCACUUUUCCAUUCACUUUCGUACCAUUUGUAUCCUUUUUGUCGCUCCAUUUCAUUUCAUUUUGAAUCAUUUUGAGUCCAGCGUCUUUUAUCCCAUCCCUAGACUGUCUGUUCUCUUCGAUAUGUUUCUAGUCAUUAAAUGACUUGCUUUUGCUCUUCCCUCGAUGUCUCUUUGUGAUUCUACAUUAACACACUGAAAUGUUUCAUCUAUGUAGUAACACAAUAAUGCAAAAGACAAUAACACAGUCUCAAUCGACUUUCCUCCAAACAGGUUGCUGUUACAACGUUUGCUGUUUACGUUCUCAUAGGAAACAGUCUGACCGCAUCCAAAGCGUUUGUGGCCUUGUCGCUCUUUGGAAUUUUGCGUUUUCCUCUUGGUUUCUUUCCAGAUGUGAUUGCAACUUGCAUACAAGUAAGUCGAAAAAAAUGGAAGGUCGUUGUCAAUGCUCCUAUAUAAGGUUUAAGCUUGAAAUUUCAAGUUACUCCAGUUUUUUCUAUUGUUCUGGCCUUCCUCACGUUGUUCCUUGAGUAAGGAUGAAUGAAAGUUAGGUUCGCACGCUUAUGCUAGGGUUUUCGCCAAGAUUCAUUUGAGACGUUUGAAUGGUCACACAAAGCUUUAAAGGCGCCAGGUAACGUGUAAUCGUACAGGUAUAUAGUUUUUGCCGCUAUAUUUGUUGUAAAGUUGUACUAUUUUUUAAUGUAGAUUAAUGUCAUUUUCCCUCCGUCCUUGCUUUUUUUUUUUUUUUUUUUUUUUUUUCGUAAGGCACGGGUCUCGGUCAAGCGUAUAGAAAAGUUCUUGGAUUUAGAAGAACUGGACCCAAACAAUGUUCUAAGGACGUCACGUAAGAGCAACGUAAUGUAGUGGGUAUUUCCGUGACUUGCAAAGACUGAGCACUAGUUGCAGUGAUUGAUGCGUCAGCCAGUAGGCCACACAGAUGACUCACCCAGUAAUUUGGGGAGACGAAUAUACUGACUGAUAAUUUUAAGCCACCAUGUACACGUUUGAGUACAGUGUUUUCUUAGGCAGAGAAUGUAUGAAAACGUGUGAACGUUUACGGCGUUAUUUAUUUUUCAUUUGUCUAUUUCAUUUCCAUCUUGAACUAGAAUUAAGGCUCAAUUUACCAGUACCGCAGUGAGCCUAAGUGCAUCGACGUAUACCAAGAAUACGCGCCAGUAAACAAUUUUCUUGGACUUAAAACAUUUUCAUUAUUCCUAAUGCAUACAAGAUUUCCAUGUUCAGUGACUGUAAUCCGAAGUGGAGGAGGUUAACCUUUAAUGUAAAGCACCGAGUAAAAGAGCAAAUGCGGACUCUUCUUAUUUUUCUCCCUUAGCAACACAGCUUACUUCGGAAAUGAUUGGCGUCAAAAGUGGUGUAUUUGGAUGGAACAGAAAGGAUGCACCUAAAAUUCAUGGGUAAGAGAGAAUUGAAAAAAAGGCUAAAUCAAGAAUGUAAUUAGCCGAAAAGGUUUUAUUCCUAAGUAAGGCAAGAAACAUCAAGAGGCUCACAAAAAAGAAAAGGAGCAAUAACCGGGUAAGGACGUAGAAAUUUUAAACGAGUUACAAUGAGUUUUUCAAUUGCCACAAAUUUGAAAGAAUGUUGGUAACUAAAAUUUAUGGUGUAGGUACUUUGAGCUGGCCUUUAAAUGUCGUCUGUCAACUGGUCUUAUGUUAUGCUUCUUUGUUUUGUUUGUUUUGUUUUGAUUUCUUUCUGUCUGUCUGUCUGUCCGUCUUUCUGUCUGUCUGUCUGUCCGUCCGUCCGUCUGUCCGUCUGUCUGUCUGUCUGUCAGGAAACCAGUCUGUUUCACUUGAAGUCUGAUUUUUUACGACGUCGGUAGUAGUAUAAAUUGCUUAUACAUGGCCCUCUUUAAGUCGGACGUUCUCUGAAUAUUGUAGUGUUUCCUUAGCAAUAGAUCGUGUGGAUUUCCCACUGAGCGCAAACGAAGGGCUAAUAAGUUAAAUAUUUAAUUGAAAAUGAUUUGCCGGAUACGAACGAUAAUUCUUGAAGGGCUCAACUGCAUAUUGCACAUUUAUCAUAAUAUGCAUUCUUUUCGAGUAACACUAAAUUUAAAUGACAAAAUACAUCCCCUCAUGGGCAAUUUAUUGUGCUGUAUAUAUUGUUUUAAAACAUAUAUUUUACUGUCGCAUUUUACUGUUUCAGUAUCAACCUAAACAUUCCAAAGGGCUCCCUGGUUGCAGUCGUUGGUCAGGUUGGUUGCGGAAAAUCUACUUUGCUUUCCUCUCUUCUUGGUGAAACAGAGAAGUUGAAUGGCACCAUUUAUGUUGACGUACGUAAUGUAUUAUUUCUCUAGUGAAUGAUGACCUCCUUCAAAUUUAGCCAUCUUAAAAUCCAUAGUUAAUUUGGGUUUGCUGAUUUCAAGGCCCCUAAAUCAAACUAUCUGAGAUAGCGUAUACAAUAUGAAUAAUUCCUUUUUAGCUCACUUGUGAUAUCCCUUCAUUAUGUUCUGUGCAGUGUUAAAUAUGAUAUAGUGAGUACAGAUGAAAAGAACAUUGAUUUGUCUGAGUGGUAAUUGAUGAGUUUACCUUUUGACUGAUUUGUGGACUCGACGAUAAAAAGUCGCUCGAUGGAAAUGAAAGUGGUCGAUAUUUUGUCUUACAGGGAUCUGUGGCGUAUGUUUCCCAGCAGGCCUGGAUACAGAACGCCACUAUACGAGACAAUAUCCUGUUUAAUAAGGCCAUGAAUCCAGCUCGUUAUGAGCAGGUUAUUGACUCAUGCGCCUUGAGAAGUGAUUUGAAAAUUCUUCCAGCUGGUGACUCCACGGAAAUAGGAGAACGGGUGAGAAGGAAUUUUGGGAAGAUUGUUCUACCUUUUUAUCACCAAACAAAAAGGAGUGCAACUGGUUAAGAUCUUCGCUAUUCACUAAAGAGACAAGUUAGACAUGGAUGUUGAUAAUUUUGAUUAAAGGUGGACAACAUUUUUAUCAUUUUUAUUAUAAUUCAAAUCCCUUGUAAUUUCAAAAGCCAUGCUCGACUUUUUUGGCGUCCCAUUGAACGAAUACGCUUUGGGCUUUUAGCAACUUCUUGAUCACAGCGGUUUUUCUUUUCCAUCAUUUCACUUCGCUGACGACCGGGCAGAUAUGUGGUUCAGUUUUCCGUAUGAUACUGUAGUCGUCCAUAACACCGAGAGAUGUGAAUAAUGACGCCACUGAUAAAUACUUCAAGUUAUUUUUAAGUAAUUGUUAUCGUCCAUGGACAAAAUUCCUUUAAAUCAUACAGGGUAUCAACCUUAGUGGUGGACAAAAACAACGAGUAAGUCUAGCACGUGCAGUUUAUUUCAACGCUGAUAUCUACUUACUGGAUGAUCCGCUCAGUGCUGUGGACGCUCAUGUUGGACGAAAGUUAUUUCUGAAUGUCAUUGGACCUAAUGGAAUGCUUAAAGAUAAGGUGAGGUGGGACAGGGAUCAUCUCAAUGUUUCGUAAUGUCGUAGACACAAGGAUGUUAAGGACCUUGCACGACAGCGACAACAACGAGGACGUGGCCGAACAAAAUAUCUAUGAUUGGAGAAAAAAUAGCUGAGCGCGUGCGUUCUUAAAGUUUGGACAUUUCUUCACCGUCGUUUCAACAUCUACAAAAUAACCAAAACUUGUGUGAUUUGAGAAAGAAAACCCAAACGGAAAAUUAUUUAAUUUUCCAUUUGGAACUCAUUAUGGGUGAAGUUGAACUGUGGCACUGUAGGAGACACUAAACACAUUCGGCCAAUAGCAAAAUUCUAGCCAAAUUAUUUAAUCGACGUCUUCAUCGCGGAAGAACGAUCUAUGAGUAAACAAUCUUGUGUCGCGAAUUUUGCUCACGUGGACAUCCCAUGCUGUUUGUAUUUGUUUUCUACCACACCACUCACUAAACACGCGAGGUACAUCUCACCCUUUUCCCCGGAAGCAAACCAACAUGAGCUCAAAAACGACGGGAGAGUUAUUCUUUUAUAGUCAGUCCCUUGACUCGAUCCUUUCCAGGGUAUCUAUAAUGAUGGCUCGUUUUCUUGGAAAUUUAAAAAACGUGACGAACUUUCAUACCAUUUUGGAUGACCACUAAGCAAGGUCUAUCUUUUCUUGCUAUGGUCCAACUUUCCAAAGUGCAACUUUAAAUUUUUAUUGUCAUGUGUCAUUACCCACCAGACUCGAAUCUUUGUUACCCAUGGCAUCAACUUUUUACCUCAAGUGGACCACAUCAUCGUUCUUCAGGACGGUUUCGUCUCAGAGGUAUGUAAAAUUUCCAUCAGGCUGUAUAAAUUAUCUUAAAGUGGAUUAUUUUGAUAAAGGUUUUCUUUGAUUUUCUUUUGUUUGAAUUAUUUUUAGGAAGGCACGUACACUGAACUUCUGGAAAACUCAAGUGCCUUUGCCGAUUUCUUACAAGCUUACAGAUCAGAGGAGAACUGUGGUCUGUAUCAAAUACAAUAUACAAUUUUUUUACUAUAAAAUUUCUAUUUCGUAAAUUGUUGUACGCUUCUAACGCAGCACUCGUUGUAGUCAUGCAAAACUGUGUGAAAAUUUAUCAUGCGCUUUACCGAUAAUGUUGUGGUAAUAAUUGAAUGUACUAUUACUAAACAGAAACUGAUGUUCAUGAUGAGAACGAAAUCGACGAAGCGCUUCAAGAAAGCACUGAUAAUGUUUUCAACAGAAAAGAAACACUACCUUCGUUGAAAGGUCACGAGCAUAAUCAAGGGAGUAAUAAUAGUAAUGCUGGAAAAACGAUAACAGAGGAAAUAUCAAAGACUGGAGGGGUAAGUUUUGCAGUCUAAAGUAAUGAAUAUUUUUAACUGAGCGCUUAGCUCUUCAUUUGCUUUCUUAUUUUCAAUCGAAAAAUAUUAUUCCGAAAUAUAAAUAAUUUAUAUUUUGAUACAAUUUUUCUAACAAAGUUCAUUUUUCUCGAGUAAUUAUCUUCUUUCUUAAAUAUAAUUUUCUUUAGCUGCAAUCAAGAUGUGUUGAGUGAAAUCUUACUCUUGUAGCAAUUUAAAGAAUUCUUCAUAUUUGCCAUAAUUUUUCAUGCAAAUUCAGCUUAGAUGUCCCCCUCCCUAACAGUGUUGAUGUUGUCAGUGUUGUUGUAAAGACAAUUUCUCGAUAUUAUUAAACAAAAACGCCGGGGAAGUCUCUCAUCUGAGCAAUUUUUCCAGUGACUGUAAAGUUCCAUUUACCUAGGGGUGUUUCCUCUAGAUGUAUUUCCGUUUGAGGAAUGUUUACAACGCGUGAGAUAGAUGGAUGCUUUGGGAAGGUUCUGCUCAGUAAGGAGUAAUUUAUCAACUUUAUCCGAGCAUAAUUUCGACUUUCGGUACCCUGAGAUUUCUCGUAUGUUCCGAAUUCUGGACCCACUAUGAUUGCUCAAAACCCGCCCCAUGCCCUUGGAAGUGGUUCUGCUCGGCAUGUAUCAGAAACGCGGACUUUUUUCUAAGUGAUAGGAAAGCAGUAGCAAUGAUCUGUUUUUUUUUUUUGUUUGGUUUUGUUUGUUUGUUUGUUUGGGUUUUUUUCUAAGCACUUGUCUGUCUUAUUUAUAUCCCUAAACAGGCAACAUUUUCCUUAUUGUUUUCUUACAUCAAGUCCUCUGGCAUACACUGGUUCGUCCUCUCUCUGUUCUUUUUCGUGGUAAUGGAAGCGUGUUCUGUGGCUACAGGAGUAUGGUUAGCCCACUGGAGCGCAGCAAACGUGACCACAAACCAUCAAAGGGACUUUUAUCUAUUAAUCUAUGGAAGCAUCGGAUCGGGUCAGACCCUCUUUACCCUUUUGUACUCCUUGGCAUUGUUUAUAGGGGCGAUUAGAGCUUCUCGAAUACUCCAUCGUAAAUUAAUCGUGAACAUCUUGCGGUUACCGAUGAUGUUCUUUGAUACGACACCGAUUGGUCGGAUUAUGAACCGGCUGUCGAAGGAUAUUUAUUGCAUUGAUGUGACAAUUCCGUUAUCUCUGAAGUCGUUCUUACAGAUGUUUUUUGAUGUCCUUGGGAUGUUGGUAGCUGUUAGUUACGCCACACCACUCUUCCUGACCGUUGUUCCUCCUUUGGGAGCACUUUAUUUUUACAUACAGGUGAGAGAAAGACUUUUGUUUCCGUUUAAACUUAAGGUAUAAUACAUUGUAGGAUAUUUCAAAAAACGUACAGCACACAAACGUCAACGACAAUAGAAAAGUAAGAUCAGCUAGAGGAGGGACGGAGAAGUUUAUUGUGGAUAAUGAGAUGCUUACUGCAAGUCGAACAUGUCGGAGUUUUUCUCGCUGUACACUUUCCUUAUAGGGAAGGAUGGGAUUCAAUUUGUCUUUACAUAGCAAAUAUUCUCUUUUUUCUCUUGUUUUGAUGUUGCUGGACAUUACAAAAUUCUCCCCCCCCCCAAUUGACGUUUUCCUAACCACGCUCAAGAGGAAAUGUCACAUUGACCUAUUUCACUCGCUACAUUCAUUAAGAAUGUGCGAAUCGAUUGAAGUACUGAACACGUCUUGUUUACUUGUAUGAUGAUUGAAGAGCUAAAAGUAUAGCAUAUAUUCAUUACUGUUUUCCGAGCUGGAACGCAGAUUUUAUCACUUUAUGCAUGUUAUACAUCUUGAUUCCCGCAGUUUAAUUUAAUUAAUUCACUGAAUAUUCUACCAGAGAGUAUACGUAGCUACAUCGAGACAGCUGAGGAGAAUCGAGUCAGUGAGCCGAUCACCGAUAUACAGUCACUUCCUAGAAACAAUCACCGGUGUCAGCACCAUACGGGCUUUCUCACAACAGCAGCGCUUCAUCCGGGAUAAUUAUAGGAAAUUAGAUGAAAACCAAGAAGCACACUAUUUGGCUGUUACUGCUGACAGGUGAAGAGAUGAAUUUUGCUGCAUAAACUUUGAUGAUCUGUCUUUUCUGAACUAAUUUUGACUUUGAUGCAGAAAUAUAACGAUUAUUUUUUUCGUUUUUUCAUCUUUAAUGUGAUUUUGGGUAUGAGUUGUGAAGAACACUCUAUGCAGCUAUUUGCGCCGAUAGUUGUUGUAAGGGAACGAAAUGUCUUCAAUGUCAUCAUUUAUUAUACAGCUUGUUCUAUUAGAAGGAUCAUUAUUUUUUAAAUAUUUUAUAGGAUUAAGGAUUAAAGCUUUAAGCUCCUCAGGCCAGAUUCCAAAGAGAGUAAAGCUUUUUCUACAACACCUUUUUUUACAGAUGGUUAUCUCUUCGUUUGGAAUUCAUCGGCAAUUGCCUGAUCCUCUUUGCAGCGUUGUUUGCAGUAAUCAGCCGAGAAAAGAUCAGUGGAGGUCUUGUAGGACUCUCUGUAACCUAUGCGGUUCAGGUAAAAACAAACAACAAACGAAACGACUCUACUUCCUUAAGACCCAAUGUUUAAAAUAAAAACUCAACCCUCGCUUUGUACAAGUAGGUGUUUAUAAAUAUCCAAUUUUAUCGACAAACAUUUGUGUCUUCGUAUGGACCUGCUUCAGUAAAAUGCUUGACAGUUAAAAUCAGUAAGUUUGAUCCCGACAGGAAAAAUAUAACGUCAACAAAGUUAACUCGGUAGAGGGAGGAAAGAGAAGUGUGUAAGAAGCUUUGCAAAUUCAAUUACCCAUUUUUCCUCUUUUUUCCGUCUGAAUAGCCUGAUUCCAGACUCUAUAAUUUCGAAUAACCUGACUUUGCUGACGUAUUUUAAAACGUUCCUUUUUCCUCUUUUCUAAUCGGUGUUGUAGAUAACUCAAAAACUUGCCUGGAUGAUUAGAAUGUCAAGUCAACUGGAAACCAACUUAGUAUCAGUUGAGAGGGUGAAGGAGUAUUCUGAUGCCCAGACAGAGGUAGGUGAAAAUAAAAUCAUUAACCAUUUAAAACGCACGAAGAAGAAAAAGAACGUGUUAAAACAAUUUAAUAGAUCUUGUAAUUAGCGGUGAAUGGAUCUUUACGCCUAUCGUAGGACGACUACACGAGGCUACCAAAUUGAGCAGAUUUUGCUGAAUGUUUCCUCAGGGGUGUAACUAACUGACUUCACGUAUCCGGGCGAUGGUAUUUCUGAUUUUUCCCAUCGAACGACUUUGGACAUAUUCAAACGUAAUUUUUCGUCGAAACAGUUUUGCAAACUAAACCACCUAAGGUUUGAAAAUCAAUUCUCGAAUUUGAAACAAAUCUAUUUGUUUAGAAGACAAAUGUUCCAUUUAAAGUCUAUGAACAUUUUGUUGGCGGUUCUUAUGUUCUCAGGAAAUUGCUUUGCAAAAGACCAUUGCGCUACCAAAGAUAUUUCAAGAUGCGCAAAAUGAGUAUUAUACUUUUACGAGAAGAACCUCGAAAAACUUAUCAUAUCCCUUCACAGUUCCAUUCUUCUCUAACUCUCGGUAAUGUAAGGCGGGGUAGUAUUCAAAUUUGCCACUUCUGUGGUUAAAAUAUUAAAUGGUGCGUAUGUAUCUUUCAAUUCACUUCUUUCUUCAUUUCAAGGCAGAAAGAGUCAUUCCUGAUAGCCGGCCGUCUCGUGUUUGGCCACAGCAGGGAAUAGUUUUAUUUGAUAACUUCCAGUUGCGAUACAGAGAAGGACUUCCACUGGUUUUGAGAAAGAUAACCUUUAUAAUCAAGCCAGCUGAAAAGGUAAAUGAAUAAUAAACAAUAGACUUUUAUAUCUAAAAUAUCAGUCUUAGCUUGCGCCAACAAAUAAUUAAGUUGUUUUCAUUAAGAAAGUCACAAGUACACACAACAGAUUUCUGUUUGUAUUUUACUCGCGUAACUUUACUAACUCGUCGUACGCAUUGAUUUACAUCUGUUCAUGCGCUAACGCGUGAAGUAUUUUGAAUAAAUGUAUGAAUCAGUCAGCGGUUUGGAUACAGAUCGACAAGCGGUUAGGUUUGGGUGCGAACCGACUCAAAUUGGGUACAAAUCGACUGCAUUUGGCUGCAAAACGACUGGGUGCGAAACGACCGUGGGCACGAAACGACCGUGUACCUCUAGAUUGAGUUGGUUGUUGUUGCUCGUCCUUACUCCGAGGGUUUUGCUCUGGGUCCUCCGGUUUUCCUCCCUCCUUAAAAACCAACAUUUCCAAUUUUCGAUUCGACCUGGAAACAGUGACAAGAAGAGCUCCCUAGUGGAAUGUCCACAGCUAAAUCCCAUUAUUAUGUUAUAAUAAUUUUUGUUCUUAGUAAUAAUGACUUUAAUCAAUCUUAGCAAUACUUAACCUUAAAUUUGUAGACUUAAACAUGUUUCCCCUAACGGUCGAACUCAAAAGGUGACUAGGUGUUUGCCUUUUAUUUCCAUGUUUGAAUUGAAUACAACAAGGACACUUCCGUUUCUCGAAGAUCUUUUGAAAUGCAGUCAGCUGUGUAAAAAAUCUUACUCACCUUGAACUGUACAGGUGUUGUUCACGUAGUUGUUAUUGUUGUCAUUAUCAUUAUUAUCAUUUUCUCAGUUACGAAUAUAGCUUUGUUGAAUGCUCGACAGAUUGGCAUUGUGGGUCGAACAGGAGCAGGGAAAUCGUCCUUGGCCUUAGCCUUGUUUCGUAUUCUUGAGAGAUCAGGUGGUAAAAUUGUCAUCGAUGGUGUUGACAUUGCCACCAUUGGACUCAGAGAUCUCCGUUCGCGGCUUACCAUUAUUCCACAGGUGAAACAUGGAACGCAAACAAGCAAGGGGAGGUUUAUAGUGAUAGUGCGAGAACAAAGUUUUUUUGAUGCAGUUGAAUGCUGCUUUUUGGGAGGAAAGCGCUCGUUAGUGACAAUGGGGAGGAAGCCCAGGCAUCUUUAGCUACAAAUUCAUUCAUCCUGGUUUAGGGCUGUUAAAUCGCAUUUUAGGGUUUUCAAGGAAAUUUAUGUGCUUUCUUACUUCAGCACCUUAAACGAUUGAGGACCGUUGUCAUCCGUUGAAUACAUAAAAAAAAAAUAUGGAUACUUGGUCAGAAGGGAGGGAAGUGUUUCAAUGUUUUUAAUGAAAUCAAAAAAUGCUUUUUUUUACUUGUUUUGUUUUUCGGUUUUAUUCCAUUCUUAUUUAUCUUUACCUAUAGGAGCCCGUGUUAUUUUCUGGAACUCUCCGUCUAAACUUGGAUCCGUUCAAUGAACAUGUGGAUGAAAAGCUUUGGAGAGUCUUGGAAGUGAGUCAUUUGAAAAGAUUUGUGAUGAGUUUGAGUGGAGGACUUCAGCACGUUAUAGCUGAAGGAGGCGAAAAUCUCAGGUAGGAAAGAGGGUGGACUGACAGUGAAUACGUUAAUGUUGAACUGUUCAUUGAUGCAAGGUACAAGAAUGCAUGCUCAACUUAAAACUUGGUUCACGACUUUUAAAAAUGUAAUGCGCUUUUCUCAAAAUCCGUUUCAGUAUUUGUAUUUUUUUUGUAACCUAAGAGAUGCAUUUCAUAGUCAGUUAGUGUUGAGACUGCAUGGUUUAGAGGGGUCAGGAAGAAACAUGGACUUGUGUUGAGGCUCUCAAUUAAAAUUUCAAGCCCCCGGUCAAGAAGCCCUUCAAAUCAAGAGGAUCCUGCGAACCUAUUGAAACAUUUUUGGGAUGAGAGGUAAAAAGUACAGACUCUACCAGCCAACAAUGAAAUGUCAUUUCAGGCUUGGACAGUAUCUUGACCAGUUUUAACUUCUAUAUAUGUUGAAGUUUUGAUUCUCUCCUCUAUGGUUCUCGCUUAUCCAAAGUUUUAUUUUUUUUUAUGUUAUGAGUAUGUAAUCGUUUUGUAUGGUUACUUUUGUAUGGUGUUCUCAUUUCUACGUAAAAUUUGAAACUUCAAAUUUUUUCAUGAAAUGUAACCUUUAUAAUCCUAAGGCUUGUGUGAUUUCAUCAAUUAUGAGCCAGAGAUUGCGUAGCCUUUACGAUUGAAAGGUUCAAGGACGUUUUAGUGCGGCUUUGGGCGGGUGGUUUCCAUGGCCAAUGCCUUUCACGUGACUCAUUUAAUCGCUAUAGAAUUUUUAUACCUUAUUGUAGUGUUGGCCAGCGACAGCUGGUUUGUUUAGCGCGUGCACUUCUCCGUAAAAGUAAGAUUCUGGUUCUGGACGAAGCAACGGCCGCGGUGGACCUGGAAACUGAUGAACUCAUUCAACAAACGAUUCGACGGGAGUUCGCUGACAGUACAGUGUUCACCAUCGCCCACAGGCUAAACACCAUCAUGGACUACGACAGGUAAAAGUCUGUCUAGUGGACUUCGUACAAACUUCAGUGAUUAAUAUUUUACUGAAUCGUUUAUCUUGAAUAACCAAGGCGUAGCAAACUGAUUUACAUUAUUCAUUAUUUACGUGGCGUGACACAAAAAAAUUAUAUGUUAUAGUAACGGAAGUUUUUUCCUUUCAUAGGGUUAUGGUUCUUGAAGACGGUUCAAUUGCAGAAUUUGACGCACCCAGCAAACUUCUGGAACAAAGAAGACACUUCUAUAACAUGACUCGUGACGCAAGACUUACAAAGUGACCAAAUUCGAGAUUCUUUUAUCUGUCCUCUUUCCUUUGUCAUCAUUUGCAAGGGAAUCCUUGAAAAUUCAGUAGUCGUAUGACAUAAUAACCAUUCCAUUGAUCUCGAGCCAUGCAUUCCCUGAGCUUAUGUUAAUUAAGGUACCCUUGCUAACUAUACUGGAUUCGAGUCAGACUUGUAAGCUUUGGUAUCGUCUGCAUUUAUUUUACAGGUUUGAUUUGUUGGUCGUUUAUAAGAAGAUGAAUAAAUAAGUUUUAAAGCAUUCUCCUGUGCUACUCCUCGCCCGAGCAUUUGCCACCUGUUUUAAUGCGCUCUAUCCUAAUACAGAACUUGCCUUCGAAAAUAAAAACAAAACUACCCGUUGAAGCCAUAAGCCUUUAACUAAGGCACCAAAAGCUCAUGGGUUACCGUGUGGAAUACUUUUGCUCAUUUUAAUUAAAGAGUGUUUUUCUCAUUUAGACUAGAUCUUUGGUCUAAAUGCUUCGUUCAUUAUCAUCACCAACUGACCAGAUAUGACAAAUGGAGAUUCGUUGACAUGCCUCG